CCGGCUGGCCGCCCAGAGCCGAGCCAGCCAUGACCCGAGCGCCCGCCUUGGCCCUGCUGCUGCUGCUGGGGCAGCUCCUGGAGGCCACCGGGGCGCAGAAAGUGGGACCUCGAGGCCCCCCUGGUCCCCAAGGGCCACCUGGGAAGCCCGGCAAAGAUGGCAUUGAUGGAGAAGUUGGCCCUCCAGGUCUGCCUGGGCUUCCGGGACCCAAAGGGCCACCAGGGAGGCCUGGGAAGCCAGGUGAAGCGGGACUGCCAGGACUGCCUGGUGUAGAUGGUCUAACUGGAAGAGAUGGGUCCCCUGGACCGAAAGGCACUCCUGGAGAACGGGGAAGUCUGGGACCCCCAGGACCACCUGGGCUGGGGGGCAAAGGCCUCCCUGGACCUCCUGGAGAAGCAGGAGCAAGUGGGCUCCCAGGUGGAAUAGGCCUGCGUGGCCCCCCGGGACCCUCUGGACUCCCAGGCCUGCCUGGCCCUCCAGGACCUCCUGGACCUCCUGGACAUCCCGGAGUCCUCCCUGAAGGCGCCACUGAUCUGCAGUGCCCUGCCAUCUGUCCGCCAGGUCCCCCAGGGCCUCCAGGAAUGCCAGGGUUCAAGGGGCCCAGUGGCUACAAGGGGGAGCAAGGAGAAGUUGGAAAAGAUGGUGAGAAGGGUGACCCUGGCCCGCCUGGGCCUCCUGGCAUCCCAGGCCCUGUGGGACUACAGGGCCCACGAGGACUACGAGGACUUCCAGGGCCACUCGGCCCCUCCGGGGACCGGGGUCCCAUUGGGUUCCGGGGACCCCCCGGGAUUCCAGGAGCUCCUGGGAAAGUGGGUGACAGAGGUGAGAGGGGCCCAGAGGGGUUCCGUGGUCCCAAGGGUGACCUGGGCAGACCAGGUCCCAAAGGAAUCCCUGGAAUGGCUGGGCCAGGUGGAGAGCCAGGCAUGCCAGGCAAGGAUGGCAGGGAUGGUGUACCAGGACUUGAUGGCGAGAAGGGAGAGGCCGGUCGCAGUGGUGCCCCAGGAGAAAAGGGCCCCAAUGGGCUGCCGGGCCUCCCUGGACGAGCAGGGUCUAAAGGCGAGAAGGGAGAACUGGGGAGAGCUGGGGAGCUGGGUGAGGCUGGCCCUUCUGGAGAGCCAGGUGUACCAGGAGAUGCCGGUGUUCCUGGGGAGCGUGGUGAGGCUGGUCACAGGGGCUCUGCGGGGGCACUUGGCCCACAAGGCCCUCCUGGGGCCCCUGGCAUCCGUGGCUUCCAGGGCCGAAAAGGCAACAUCGGAGACCCUGGCCUUCCAGGCCCCCAAGGCCUCCGAGGUGAUGUGGGUGACCGGGGCCCAGGAGGUGCUACAGGACCUAAGGGGGAUCAGGGCAUCGCAGGUGCCGACGGUCUUCCAGGGGACAAAGGAGAGCUGGGUCCUAAUGGCCCCGUUGGACAAAAAGGAGAGUCUGGCAGCCGAGGGGAGCUGGGCCCCAAAGGCAUCCAGGGCCCCAACGGUACCAGUGGCAUCCCAGGUGUCCCUGGCCCCCCAGGGUCUCUGGGCCUCCAGGGUGUGCAGGGUGUUCCAGGCAUCACUGGAAAGCCAGGAGUUCCGGGCAAAGAAGCCAGCGAGCAGCACAUCAGGGAGCUGUGUGGGGGAAUGAUCAGUGAGCAAAUCGCACAGUUAGCUGCACACCUGAGGAAGCCGCUCGCGCCAGGCUCCAUAGGCCGGCCUGGUCCAGCUGGCCCCCCAGGGCCUCCAGGACCCCCAGGUUCCAUCGGACACCCUGGCGCUCGCGGACCUCCUGGAUACCGUGGUCCCACAGGAGAGCUGGGCGACCCUGGACCUAGAGGAAGCCAGGGUGACAGAGGAGACAAAGGUGCAGCAGGAGUGGGGCUGGAUGGGCCUGCUGGGGACCAGGGGCUCCAAGGGCCUCCAGGUGUGACCGGCAUCAGCAAAGAUGGUCGAGAUGGUGCUCAUGGUGAGCCUGGACUUCCUGGUGAGCCUGGUCUUCCUGGAGCUAUUGGGGCUCAGGGGACCCCGGGGAUCUGCGACACCUCAGCCUGCCAAGGAGCUGUGUUAGGAGGAAGUGGGGAAAAAUCUGGUCCUCGAAGCUCAUAAAGAGAAUUUAAGAAAGUGGGAAGCCAAAAAGAUGACUUAUGUGACACACUGCAGUGGGGCAGCAAGGGACCAGUGCAUGGUUGCCAGCUAUGGACAGCACAGCCAGAGUGCUGAUUAGCCAGUCCAUGAGGCCUUUGUGGCCAGCCCUCGGCUCCCUUGAAAGCAUCCACUGGUUCAUGGGCCCUGAGAGCGUGGCAGCACUGUCUGUCCCAACACAGUAUUCACAGCAGCCAGCUCCUCCGUGAUGGCAUACCUCAGACAGGCCCUAGGAACUGAGACUGUAAACCUAACAUUGGGGAGGGGUGAGGGAUAUAUCUAAAGAGUUUCAUGUAAUUCUGAGACAAAAAACAAAAACAAAACCUCAUCAAUUUGUUUACAUAGCAUUUGUACAAAGACUGAUAGAUUCCCAAUAAAAAACUAGUGAAUCUUAAAUUAACAAGUUACAGUGUAGCAGAAAUGAAGAAAUUAUCAUACAAGUGUCCCAUCUUCUAGACAAAAGUCUGGCCUGCUUUACCUACUUUUCUGUGUACAAACUUAACACCUCCAGUGGCCAGUAUUCACUGAAGGUAACUGCACUACACCAGAGUCUGCCAGAGUGUCUAUUGUAAUCAAUAAAGCUACUCACUGGAAAAUUA